UCAAAAGCGAGUCGAUUUUUUCACGCCAUCAGAUUCCGGGACGGGGCCGUCGAUAAAAGUAAUUUUGUGCCACUCCAAAUAAACGGAUACGGUUAAAAUUAGUUUCAAAAUGUGCAAAACGUUGCUGGUCAUUCGGAUUGAUAGUUAGCGAGCUGUAAGAGUGAAAAUCACGUUGGAAAAGUGUCAUUUAAUUUCUGCAACUUUUGCAUGCAAAGCAUUUUUUUCAUGUCGCUUGAAAGUGGAGCACAGUGAAGGAAGACGGUGGCGGUCCGUGCUAGUGUAGGUGGGAAUCAUUCGCCAAACGCGGACCAGUUGCGUCAUUGUGUGAGUGGGGUUGAGUUACGGAAUGAUGACAACGGAAGACAAAGCAGAAAAAGACGCGUUUUGACAGCGAGAUGGAAUUUUUCUUUUUCGUGAAAGUCGAAACGGUUUGAGAUCGAAGAAACUACAGUGAACAAUAUUUCAAUAACUAUACGAAACUUUGGCUUACAGCCCCCCUUAAUUUAAGUGGAAAUGUACGGUAGCUUCGAGUGAAAAUUUUAGUGGAAUUUCGUUCAAUGAUUGACGGAAAAGCUGUCAGUGCGCAGUGAAUGGAUUUUUUAGUGUAUGAAGACGAAAUGACACGGUUAUAAAAGUAGUAACUUCAAUUUAACAUAAAAUCUAGACACCGAAAUAUAAAAAUGGCAUACUAUCAAAUUGUACCGACGGAUGAGCUGAAGAAUCUAUAUCCUCAAUUGAUGGAGAAUGGUGGAAUCCAGCUAGUGAUGGGGGAUGAUGUUCAAUUUGGCUCCCAGCAAGUAAUAUUGACUCAAGACCAACAGGAGUUGUUACUCAAUGAUGCCAAUCAGCACCAACUGCAGCAGAUUGUAUAUCAGCAGGCGACACAACAGCAGCCGCAGGCUCAGCAACCUCCACCGCCGCAGCCCCAACAACAGCAACAACAGCAUGAAACUCACUAUGUAAUACAACAAGAAGAUGGUGCUCUUACGGAUGCAUUUGGGCAACCAACAAAUCAGCCCCAGCAUAUAUACUACUCCGAGGUACAGAAUGAUGGUUCACAAAUGAUUCAAACAAAUUUGGUUCACGAACAACCACAACAAACCACUUUGCAUACGAUGCAAACUGCUGCUGAACAAUUGCAGCAACAGCAGCAGCAGCAACAACAGCAACAGCAGCAUCAAGUGCUUCAAGUUGUCCAUGGCGUCCCGCGGCCUGGACAACAGAUAAUUCUUCGACAACAGCCACAAGAGCUAUCAAAAUCUUCACAAGCGCAACAGCAAAUAACUGUACAACAACCUCAGCAACAUAUUUUGACUCAUCAACCUCCAACACAAGUAAUAUUGCAACAUCCGCCAGGACAUCAAAUAGUCCAUCGGCAACCACAGCAACAACAGCAUCAAAUAAUAUAUGAACAUGUUCAACCACAGGGUCAUACGGUUCAGCAAAGCAUUCAGCUGGCAUCACAGUUGGUUCAUCAAUCACAACCUGUUUCACAACAAGCGCAGGCACAGACUCAACGUCUUAGUAUUCAAAAAAUAACCCCUCAACAACAUCAACAAUACAUUCAGCAACAAAUUCAUCAUCAACAGCAAGUACCGCAACCGCAGCAGGUAAUUCAACAGCCAACCCAAAUGUUACAACCACCACCAGGAGCCAGGCCGUGCUUAAUCAUAACUAAACCUCAGAAUCAACAGGCACAGACAACUACAGUAACUGUUACUCAACAGCAAGCUCAAUCGCCUCAACACAUCGCCCGGAUUCGUAACUAUCGUCCCCGUAAUACAAAACCUACCCCUCGGCAACGCCCUACUCUCCCCGUUACAACUGGUGCCCCAGGUCAAACGCAAGUUCGGCCACCCCGUCCCACCGCAGCGUUGACAAAAAUUACAUCAGCUCCAGUGAUUCGCCAACCCGGUAUUGUUCAAACUCAACAACUUCAGCCUUUAAAUCAACAACAGCCACAGCAACAGCAGCAGCAGCAACAACAACAACAACAACCAGUCGCUUCUCGUACUAAUAUCAUCUUGACCAGUACAGGGCAGAAGAUUGUGGCUGUCAAUCGUCCUCCGCACCUCGUGCCAACGACUUUCAAUGCAGCUAAAACGCAACCUAUAAAACGAGUAGCAUCUGCACCGAAUGUAGUCCCACCUCCACAACUCGUUCCAGUAUCUCAACCUCAGGAGCCAGUUGAAACCCAACCUCAACAGCAACCGGCUCAGCAGCCGACUCAGCAGUCUCCCCAUAAACCUUCCGGUGGAACGUAUUCAAAUGAUCUAGAAGAUCUCGAAGAUAGUAUUCAGGCAGCAGUCGUCGCUAAAGCUCCACCAAAUGCAGCUCAGUCUAGCCCCCAGGCGGUACAGAUGGAUCAAGGAACAAACUAUCAGCAGCAGGAAGUCCAACAGCAGGAAGUUCCACAGCCCCAGCAAAUGCUUCAGCAACAACCUCAGCAAUCCCCGCAACAACAGCAACAACAACAACUGCCGCAAUCCCAUUUGUUCGACGAGACCAGCAGUAUUAUUCAGUUGGGAAAUGGUCAAACCAUGACUGCUGCUCAAUUCCGUUCCUUUCAAGAGAAACAACAAAUUCGUCAGCAAGAAAACUUCCGCGGUGGAUUCAGUCAUCGUGGUCGCGGAAUAAUGACUGCCCGUGGUAUGGUUAUCCGUAAAACGGUUCCUAUCAAUCGGCAGCAACUAGCUCUACAACAGCAGCAGCAGCAGCAACAACAACAGAACGCACAAAUGCAAAUUUCCCAACAACAUCACCUCAUGCAACAGCAACAACAACAACAAUUGGUUCAGCAACAAACUCCGGCUCCUGCAUCGCAGCCGGAACCGGAACCACGCGAGAGUGCAAAGAUGUUGGUCAUUCUGCAAAGUGGAGAGCAACGGUUGAUCACGUUCACCCUGCCGAAGGAGAGCUGCACUGUGCAGGAGCUGCUGGAACAGGUUGGAGUUCAGUUCUCCCCGGAAAGUAACAUUCAGUGUAUAUCGAAUCCUGGCGGCGACAUCGACUACAUCGUGACCGUUGGGGUCACAAUGCAGGAAACCAAUGAAUAUCUGAAAGCAGCGGAAAAUACGAUCAAAAGUCAGCAGCAACAGCAGCAGCAGUUGCAACAGCAACAACAGCAACAGCAACAGCAGCAAGUGCUGGCUCAACAACAGAUGCUGCAGCAACAACAACAACAACAGCAACAGUUGCAUCAGCAACCUCCAAUGCACCAUGCUGGCCCAAUGAGUGUCCCUCAACCGCCACAGGCGCAGCACCAGCAGCAACUGCAGCAAACUCCAUCUCAUCAUCAGCAAUCUCGUUUUAACGAUUCAUUCCGUGCUACGAUGACUCCCACGACGCCGGUUCAGCUCAUUCAAACGCCGCAGAUCACCGUGACCAAUGAAACAUCAAAAUCGGUUGCCGAUCAAAGCGAUCCAAAGAAAGAACCUCCGGUGAAAAUCGUUAAAGGCUUCUUGGCUGUUUGCCACGGUUGUGGGUACACCGGAAUCGAUCACGCCAAGUGUCAACGGUGUAAACGGAUAUUUACGGAAGCACCACGAAAGGUCCCGGAACCGGACAAACCGAUGAUUUCGCCACAUCCGCCCCCACUGGUCCCUACAGCAUCUUCUACACCGCUUCACACCAAGAUGCUUUACGCGACGGAUAAAUCGGUACUAGGAACCGCUGAGCGUGACUCGUUAGUUGGAGUGAAAGGCAUUACGUUGCAGAAGAAACCUUCUCAGUCGAAUCUAGGCGGUAUGCUAUCGAUCCGUGGAAUAGGCAGGGGGAGUGGUUCGGGAGCUAGGGGUGGCCGGGGACGAGGAAGAAGUGGUUCUUCCAAGUAUCAGGACGUGGAACCGGUUGUUUUUACGCUGAGCAGUGACGAUGAGGACCAUGAAUCCAAUGACAACAUAAAAAAUGAUAGCAAAUUAGCGACGACCAGUGAAUUACAGAAGGCUCUACCAACCAUCGGACCCGAUAAUCGGGAACCACUGAAGUGUGAACCAGUCAUCAAGGAAACAGAUAAUAUAGAGGACCUGGUUCGCUUGGAUGUUACUGAUGUAAAGAAUAUGCCGGAUGGCUUGUUCACCCAUCUGGAGUGCCGCACCAUUCGCAUCGGAACUUUGAAGUACGAUACCACCGAUAAGGUGGUGGUGUCUUCGCGAGGGGUUCGCAUCAUCGCACCGAAUGUAAAGCGUUCCAACGAGAAAUGCAUUUUGGAUCUACAGCUGCAGGAGAUUGUCAAAGCCGUAGUGCACUUCUCGAAGGCAUUGAACGUUAUAUUCCUGUACACUCUGCCUUCAUGUGGUGCUUACAUCCGGGAUAGCCUGGAAAUGGGCCUGCCAGAGGAUAAGUUACCUUACUUCAACCCAGUGAGUCGCCAGGAUGAUGCUCAUCGACGCAUUACCCUGGUUAUGGAUCGCAUCACCGAGGAAUCGAAAUCAAUUGUAAAAAGUAUCAUUUUGACUGAGAAAAUCGAAGAAAUCUCUGCGCGGGACGCCAACGAAUUGCUGAUGCGUUCAUGCGGUAGUAGUAAAGGAACCGAGAACAAUUCAAAUAACACUGCGAGUGGAAAUUCGGGUGAUAUUGCAGAAAUUAGAAAGAUUCUCAUCUAUCCACAAGGCAAAGGAGGCAUUUCUAUCAAUACUGAAGACUACAUGUGUUUAGCAAUCGAUCAGUAUCUCAAUGAUGUAAUAAUUGACUUCUACCUGAACUAUUUGAAACUGGAGCUGCUGAAAGACGAGGAGCGAAAGAGUAUACACAUUUUUAGUACGUUCUUCUAUAAACGUUUGACAACCAUCGGAACGCGGCAUCGAGGGCAGGAAAAAGAUCAAAAACUAACUGCCGCUCAAAAGCGUCAUGCCCGUGUGGCUAGCUGGACGAAAAAAGAAAAUAUUUUCGAGAAGGACUUUAUCAUAAUUCCUAUCAACGAGCAAUCGCAUUGGUUCCUGGCUAUCAUUUGCUUCCCUAGCCAGGACAUGCCACUAUCUAUAAAUAGCAAUACUCCCACGCCUAUCAAACGGAAAAAGGCUGCCCCGAAGAACAAAAAUAUAAGCCUUCAGAUAGGAAACACAACCAUCACACCGGUUUCGAAACGGGAAAUGGAAGCUAUCAAUAUCGGCGAUGAUGAGAGCGAACGGGACGAAGCCGAGGGAGACGACAGCGAGCUGGCGAGCGAUGCAGAUGAGACAGACGAAGAGCCGACUGAUACUAAACAACCAAUAAAACAGCCCAUAAUUCUUAUUUUCGAUUCGCUGACUGGUGCAUCCCGAAGUCGUGUGGUGGCUACGCUGAGAGACUACCUAACGUGCGAGUACAAGAACAAGAUGCCGAACAAAGUUCCGAAAGUAUUCAACAAAACCAACAUGCCCGGCCACUGCGUGAAAGUACCGCAGCAGAAUAAUUUCACCGACUGUGGUUUGUACUUGUUACAGUACGUGGAGCACUUUUUCCUGGAUCCAAUCAAAGAUUACCGCACGCCGAUUAAAUUGCACGACUGGUUCGAUACGCUGAUUGUGACAAAAAAGCGAGAGGAUAUAUCCAACUUGCUUAAGGAGCUUAUUGAAAAACACAACCCAGAGGGUCUACCGUUACCGGACAUUAAAUUUCCAACGUUAAAUGGUAAACUAAUAAUCGAUCCGGAUGAAAACUUCAACGACGCAGAAUUCGAGGAGGAGGAAAUGGAGGACGAGGAAUACGUUCCUGGAACCGAAUCAUCCGGGAACGAGCGUCUCACGGAGGAGGAAUCUAGCAAAGUAGUUGGUCCAGUGCAAAGGAAAACCAUAAAACUAAAGCGAUUUAAUUCGGCCGGCAGUGCGGGUUCAGUGACGGGUGCACUAACUAAUUCCACCACCGGCAACAGUGGACAAUCGUUGCUUGCUGCAUCACAGAAACGGCCUCUUGAAACCGCUGGGGCCAACAAAUCGAGUAGUGCAGACUGUAGUUUAAGGACAAAAGUGGCAAAAAUAAGUGAUAGCCCAAAUAAAGCAGUUACUACCCAAAAUUAGAGUAUCGGGCAAUGUAUGAAAGUGAUGGAAAUGCUAAGCUACCCCAUAAAAUAACAUGGAUGAAAGCAGGUCUAAGAAGCAUAAGGUACCGCCAGUUGUUUGAAGAUAGGAUCGCGAAAAAAAAUUGUCGGCGAUUUGUUCCUAUACGCAUGAUCAUUUCUUUUACAUCAGGUCUUGAGAAAAGCAAGAGGAAUAAGUUCAAGAGCUGUUGAACACGUUUUCAGUGUUUUCUAUGCUCUAAUCUGAGUGAUCAGUGUCACAUUUUAUUUAGCUAGAUGUGUAUUUUUAAAGUUUUUUUUUUAAACCGGAAAUACAUUCAAAAUCGUACCGUUGAA